GUACAUAUUCUACGUUCACAAUCGGGUAGAAAUGUAUUGAAAAGCGGUGGUUGUGGGUUCCCUUUCAAGGAGUAUUACUCGAUUGUUGCAACCAAUUACGCACUCGAAACGACGAAGUAAGCAAAAAACGAAAAAUAAGGAAAUGUAAAAGCCUACAAAACAACCAGCUGAGAAGAGUCAAAGAGAUCCCAUGCGCAUGGGUCAUUACUGACGUCAGACAAUGAUCUAUUCGGGGCUGAGUUGUUUGUGCUUGACAUGGUAUCAGUGGCUUAAUGUGACGUAAAAGUCUUAUGUUCGAAUUCUGAUAACCCUCAUCUGUUCUGUUAAGCACAUGGUGCUCGGACAUGUGCAAACUUCAAGCUCAUACAUAUGGUGGUUUCAUUUGAGCGAGUGUGUUAGUAAAUGAUAUAUAAUCCACGAUUGAAUUUCUCCCAAUAACUCAAAUUAUUGAGAUCGAAUGUUUCGUGACAUCAUUCUCAGAAGUGUGGACCAGUGAUAUUGUUUAAGGAGCAUGAAUGCUUGAAAAGUCUAGACUUAGAGAUAGAGAGGGUCGGACGAGGAAGAAUAACGUGUUGGAGAGGUAUACACUGAUUCGACAGAUGCAUCAUGCAUGGAUCGGAGUUAGUAUUAAUGGUUUUAUCUGAUACUUACGGUUCGUUUGAUUUUUUACUAUCAGGAGGAGGAACUGUUGGAAUUGGGUUAAGGGAUACGAGAGCGGAUCCCAUGACUAAGGGGGUCUUUAGUCACUUGACUAAGCCCCUCAUAGCCAUUAGAUCUGGAAAUUUCAAUCCAAUGGUUAAAAAGUAUGAAGGGCUAUUUAAUUAAUGAUAAGGGUAGUUUGGGUAUUAUGGAAAAUUACGAAGUAUACAAACCAGAUUUACAAUCACUACAAACCAUACAAACAUACGAACAGUACAAACUAGAGCGACAAAACAUACAAACAGAUUUACAAACAUUACAAACGUAUGAACUGUACAAACAAUACAAACUAGACCGAUAAACAAUACAAACCAUACAAAAAGAAAAAACAACCAGGUUGACUUUGGAGGCUUCAUCCCUAUAUAGAGGGGCUCCUUCCCAAAGUCAACCCGGGUGUUUUUUAGACAUACAAACAUGGUGGACAAAAAUGACAAACUAGACCAAAAAUUCAUACAAACUAGAAAAACACCCGGGUUGACUUUGGUGGCUUCAUCCCUAUAUAUUAUAGAGGGCUCCGUCUCAAAGUCAACCCGGUUAUUUUUUAGACAUACAAACAUUACGAACAUGGUGGACAAAAAUGACAAACUAGACCGACAAUCCAUACGAACUAGAAAAAACACCCGAGUUGGCUUUGGAGCAAUGCUGUCAAAGCCGAGCCGGAGUAUGACCCGGCAACGUGAACGGCUCGGUCAUUAGUGGUCCAACCGGCAUUAGACCGUUUAAAAACCGUUUGAGAACCGGUACCUAAUAAAGGGUCAUCUGUAAUAAUAGACACUUCUUAAUCAUGGUAAACCACAAGUAAAUUACUCUCUUAAACCAUUCUAGAACAUCAGUUCUCCAUUUCCUUUACACAUCUCCCUCCCCAACCUCUCGCCCCGUCCACGUCACACAUCUUCCAAAUCUCUCUCCUCUUCCUCUCGCUCUCUUCUCUCUCUGAAAGGGGGGAAAUAAGAUCGACCAGACAGAAACACUUCAAACUCCCUUCCACCGCCACCGCAGCCCAAAUGACCACCGCUACAGCCACCGUCACCACCAUCAACGACCUCCCUGAGGCUAUCCUCUCUGUAAUCGUCGCCUCCGUCUCCGACAUCCGGGCACGCAACUCCCUCUCCCUAGUGAACCAGAAGUUCGUUUCAUUGGGGCGAGCCACGCGCUCCUCCCUCGCCAUCCGGGGCAACGCGCGGGACCUCUUCCUCAUCCCGACCUGCUUCCGAUCCGUCACUCACCUCGACCUCUCUCUGCUCUCCCCCUGGGGCCACUCCUUCCUCCUCUCCUCCGCCGACGCCCAAUUGCUGGCCGCCCUCCUCGCCGGCAAGUUCCCUUCCGUCACUUCCCUCACCGUCUACUCCCGAUCUCCCCUCACCCUAGACGUCUUGCUUGCCCACUGGCCCCGAUUGAGCCAUCUCAAGCUCAUCCGCUGGCACCAGCGCCCUUCCUCCCUCCAGCUCGGCGACGAUUUCUAGCCCCGACCCCCUUUAAUUUUUGAACUAUUUUUUUUAAUUAAACCAACCGGUCGAAUGUAAAAAACCGGACGACCGGCUCGAGCGGUUCGAGCGGUUAACCGCUUCGGCCGCUCGCCGGCCGCCCCAAAGAACCAGUCCGGCUAAAUAGCUCAUCUGAUCCGGUUUUGUGCCCGGUUGGCGGUUUUGGCGGCUCGGCCGGCCGGCUCGGCUCGGUUUUCACAGCACUGCUUUGGAGGCUCCAUCCCUAUAUAGAGGGGUUUCAUCCAAAAGUCAACUAGGUUGUUUUUUAGACAUAAAAACAUUACAAACAUGGUUGACAAAAAUGAUAAACAUGGUGCACAAAAAUAACAAAGUUUACAAACAUUU